AUGCCACUAGAGUGGGACAUCACAGAAUCACAACCUCCUCAAUUUCAACAAAGGUCGGGUGGCGGUGGCGCUGAUUUUCCUUCUCCUGAUUCAGUAGCAAGUGAUAACAGUAGUCUUUCAAAUCCAAUGUCGCACAAAAAACCUAUUAUCUAUCAAGAGCAAGUUCAGAUUCAAUUUGGAGGUACAAGGGUUCUAAGUGGUCUUGUGGAUCUGAAACUCAUUUUGUCUAACCCACAGGGUAGGAUCCAAUUGCAGCAACACGUACAGGACCCUGGAUAUUUACUGCAACAGCAUGAAGGGUGA